AUGCAGGCAUCCGCGCGCCUCUCCUCCUCCGCGGCCUUCAGGAAAGUGAUAGCGGGUGUCUCUAGCGCCACCACACGGUCGUGCUACCGGACCUCCCGGGGGAAGGCGCAUGCGGCGCCGCUGCCUGCGCAGGAGCCACCGCCCAAGGGGCGGAAGAGGAUUUCAAUGCAGGAGAGGAGGGCUUUGAUAGUGGAAUUCGUUGACAAUUAUAGAGCUUCAAAUGAAGGCAAGUUUCCUACUAUAACAAAUAUCUGUGAGCAAAUUGGAGGCAGUUUUUACACAGUGCGCCCGGUAAUUCAAGAAAUGGUGUAUAAUCAUGCAAAAUUACCACUGGAUAAUCCUAAGCCAGUUCCACGUCAAGUCACAGUUGAAGUCACUGAGCACCUCAUGCAAAAGGAUGAAGCCAGAGUGGCUCAAAGACAAGUUUCUGAGCCAUCCACGCCCAAGGAUGAUGCUGAAGUGGCUCACCUCAUGCAAAAGGAUGAAGCCAGAGUGGCUGAAAGACAAGUUUCUGUGCAUUCCACGCCCAAGGAUGAUGCUGAAAUGGCUCACCUCAUGCAAAAGGAUGAACCCAGAGUGGCUGAAAGACAAGUUUCUGAGCAUGCCUUCCCUAAGGAUGAAGGUAAGGUGUUAUGCAGAGAAGACAACCCAAAGCUUGAGGAGUCCGUGAACACAGGUCUUUUGGGCAGCCUGAAAUCUUUUGCUUAUGGCAUCAGAAACUUCUGGAAAAAUAUGUAA